CACACGUAACAGUGGUAGAGUCUAGUGGUGUUGUCGCAUUGUGAAAGUCAAUGGCAUCACCCACUUGGAUUUUCUGUGCAAAUGCAAAUAUUUCUCUUUCUAUCUUCUCAACUCAAGAUCACUCAUUUAUCACUAAUUAAUUAAAGAUAAACACAAGCCAAUAAAGAAAUAAAUCCACUCCAAACAAAUAAUUGAGUGCAAGCAACAAAGAAUCGCAUUCACAAUCACCCUUUCUCUGUGUGCGCACCAUCCAUUCAUCCAUUCCUCUAUAUCCCUUUCUCUACCUUCUCUCUCUCCAUCUCUAUCUCCAUCAGAGAAAAAUAAUAUUAAAGUUUUGAAUUUCAGCUUUUCUGCAACUGGGUUUGUACAUGGAAGGUAGCUGAAACAGUGAAAUAACAACUGCUCUGUUUUUGUUUUUUGUUUGUUGAAUUGAGAGGAGAGAGAGAGAGAGAGAGAAAGUGCAUGAUGGAGUCAAAGGGUGUGCGGUUCUUAGCGUACCAAUCAAUAUUUUCGAGUGUUGGAUCUGGGGACUUUGAUGGGGUGAAGAAACUGGUGGAGAAAGUGAAGAACGAAGAAGGGUCAUCUCUCUCUGAUGUGAUGUCUCUUCAGAACGAUGCUGGAGAAAGUGCACUUUACAUCGCUGCAGAGAAUAAUCUGCAAGAGAUUUUCAGCUACUUGCUCAACUCGUGUGACUUUGAAGCCGUCAAGAUUCGCUCCAAGUCUGACAUGAACGCCUUUCAUGUUGCUGCCAAACGUGGUCAUCUAGAUAUUGUGAGGGAGCUUUUGAGUACUUGGCCUGAGGUCUGCAAUUUAUGCGACUCCUCAAAUACCAGUCCUCUAUAUUCUGCUGCAGUUCAAGACCACUUGGAUGUGGUGAAUGCCAUCUUGGAUGUUGAUGUCAGUUCAAUGUUUAUUGUUAGGAAAAACGGAAAAACUUCGUUGCACAAUGCUGCUCGAUAUGGCGUGGUUCGUAUUGUAAAAGCACUUAUUGCUCGGGAUCCAGGAAUUGUAUGCAUAAAAGAUAAAAAAGGUCAAACUGCACUUCAUAUGGCUGUCAAAGGACAGUGUACUUCAGUGGUGGAGGAGAUAUUACUUGCUGAUUCUUCUAUAUUGAAUGAGCGAGAUAAAAAGGGCAAUACAGCUCUUCACAUGGCUACAAGGAAAUGCCGUUCACAGAUAGUGAUCCUUUUGCUAAGCUAUUCUGCCGUGGAUGUUAAUGCCAUCAACAAGCAGCAGGAAACAGCGUUGGAUUUGGCAGAUAAACUGCCAUACGGAGAUUCAGCUUUGGAAAUCCAAGAAGCACUUGCAGAAUACGGAGCGAAGCAUGCAAGACAUGUUGGACAAGUAGACGAAGCGAUGGAGCUUAAAAGAACAGUGAGUGACAUAAAACAUGAGGUGCAGUCACAACUUAUACAAAACGAAACAACUCGUCGACGGGUUUCUGGAAUUGCCAAGGAACUGAAGAAACUUCAUAGAGAGGCAGUUCAAAACACCAUUAAUUCUGUCACAGUGGUUGCUGUUCUUUUUGCCUCAAUAGCCUUCUUGGCCAUCUUCAAUUUGCCGGGACAAUAUCAAGUGCAACCCGGAGAAGAGAUUGGAAAAGCUAAGAUAGCCGAUCAUCUUAGUUUCCAAGUUUUUUGCUUUCUGAAUUCCACGUCCCUUUUCAUUUCUCUUGCAGUUGUCGUAGUUCAAAUCACUUUGGUGGCUUGGGACACAAGGGCUCAAAAGCAGCUUGUGUCAGUGGUUAACAAGUUGAUGUGGGCUGCAUGUGCUUGCACUUGUGGUGCUUUUCUAGCCAUAGCUUUUGAGGUUGUUGGAGGGAAAACGUGGAUGGCUAUCACCAUAACCCUUUUGGGAGUACCUAUUCUAGUAGGGACUCUGUUAAGCAUGUCCUACUUUGUUUUUCGACAACAUUUCGGUAUUUUCCGCAGUGAUUCCCAGAGACGCAUCAAGAGAGCAAGUGGAAGCAAAUCUUUUUCAUGGUCUUACUCUGCAAAUAUAUCAGACUUGGAUGAAUACGAUUCUGACAUUGAGAAGAUCUAUGCACUGUGAAACCAAGGAUUAUAGUUACCACACAACAUACGAGCAAUGUUUCAACCUUUUAACUGAAACUGACAUCCCCUGCUACGUAUGACCAUGUUUUCUCACUGGGAUUUUGUCAUUCUUCUUGAGUUUGCAGUUUUUCGUUUCAGGCUGUACUGCUAGGCAUAUCGGUUGGGUAGUAUGUUAUUAUAAUCAAUAAUCAGCUCUUGUAGAUUUAUGUAUAUGUAAUAAAAAAAAUCCAGAAAGAAUAGUCCUAUACGGUGUAAA